GGCUUCAGUAUAUCGAGCUCAGAACGUUGUUAGGUUUGCAGAAUGUAUGUAGCAGUGGGGUUAGUGUUAAUAUGUUUCGUGGUACUAGUUGUGUGGUCAACCUGGUUCAGGCAGAAACCUGAUGCACCUCCUUUGAUGCCUGGCUCGCUCCCGAUUAUUGGACAUUCCCACCUCAUUUUCGGAGACCGUAAACAUCUCUGGCACUUCAUAAAACAUAUCAACGAAGUAUCCUUCGAACAUGGCGGAGCUAUUGAAUUUUGGUUGGGCGCCCAAAGAUUUUAUGUUUUAUCCGAUCCAGAGGAUUGUCUUACACUGGCCAACACUUGCUACAGCAAACCUUAUAUCUAUGACUUCGCUAAGGACUUCUUGAACAAUGGACUGAUUACUGCUGAAGCCCCAGUAUGGAAAUCACAUCGCAAAUUAUUAAAUCCUGCAUUCAACCAACAAGUAUUGAACACAUUUGUUGAUGAAAUGAACAAGCAAGCUCGAAAUCUUGUUUCGAAUUUGAGCAAUGAAUUGGGCAAAAAACCUUUCGACAUUCGACACUACUUGGUUAACUUUACACUGUCUACUGUUAGCCGAACUUCACUCGGUCUAACAGCUAAAGAACAGAAGAUAAUAGACCGAGAGUACGCCGAGGCUAUUGAAGAUUUGUUGGCUCUGUACUGUGACAGAGCUCAGAAAGUUUGGCUGCACGUCGGAUGUGUGUUUAAAUGGAGCGAAAUGAAACGCAGACAAGACAGACUAACGAAAACAUUAAAGAACAUCAUUAAUCCUGUAAUAUUGAAAAGAAAAUCGGAGAUGGCGACCAAGCAAGAAACUACACGCUAUGAGGAUGCACCUGGUAAAUUCAAACCAGUUCUGGACCAUAUGCUUCAAAUGGCCCAUGAGCAAAAUGUUUUCUCCGAUGAAGAUAUCAGGGAACACUUAGAUACUCUGGUAGCAGCAUCAUAUGAUACGACGUCUUCAGCUAUGACCUUUAUGCUCUUGGUGAUAGCAUCUUACCCAGAAAUACAGAACCGAAUUUACAAUGAAAUACAAGAAGUGUUGCAGAACAAAGACGAUGAUUUUUCAAAACACGAUCUGCAAAAACUCGUUUAUUUAGAUGCUGUUGUUAAGGAAUCGAUGAGAGUGCACACUGCCGUUCCAUUUAUGGCUAGAAAAGUUGACGUGGAUGUUAAACUGAAAAACUGCACGUUACGUGCCAACAGUACUUGUGUAAUUGGGGCUCACGCUCUUCACCGUCACCCACUCUGGGGUCCUGACGCAAAAGAAUUCAAACCAGAGCGCUGGUUGAACCCCAGCACCUUGCCUGACAACCCUGUUGUUUUUGCUGCCUUCGGUGUUGGCAAACGAAACUGCAUAGGAAAAUUAUUCAGUAUUCUGAUGAUGAAGACGGCGUUAGCACACAUCGUCCGACAAUAUCAAAUUUCUGGCGAUAUCCACAAUAUAGAAUGUGAAUUCGACGUAGUUGUAAAACCGGUAACGGGUCACCAUAUUGGUUUGAAAUUAAGAUCUUAG